AAUCUGAUUGGUCGGUUGAGCGGGGCAUCCAGGGGAGGUGUGUCAAACUCAUUUGACAUCCGGAGUUACUGAGAUCAGCCGGGCGGCGUGAAAGGCUACGAUAUUUGAUAGCGUACGAGAAGAUGGACCUGUUGCCGCUCUUGUUCGUCGCCCUCUGUGUUCUUCACUCCUCCAGCAAACCCAUGGAGAAGAAGGAGCGCGUCCAUCACGACGCCCCCCUCAGCAACAAGGAGCACGAUGAUGAGGAGAACUUCGACUACGACCAUGAGGCUUUUCUCGGACAAGAGGAGGCAAAGACUUUUGACCAGCUCACGCCAGAGGAGAGCAAAGAGAGACUGGGUAAGAUAGUAGAAAAGAUUGAUGAGGAUCAUGACGGCUUUGUGACUGUUGAUGAGCUGAAACGGUGGAUCAAACACGCUCAGAAGCGAUGGAUCUACGACGAUGUGGACCGGCAGUGGCAGGCUCAUGAUCUCAACUCAGAUGCUUAUGUCUCCUGGGAGGAAUACAAGAACGCUACCUAUGGUUACAUCCUUGAUGAAGCAGAUCCUGAGGAUGGUUUUAACUACAGACAAAUGAUGACCAGAGAUGAGCGCCGUUUCAAGAUGGCAGACCAUGAUGGUGACAUGAGGGCAAAUAAAGAAGAGUUUACAGCAUUUCUUCACCCAGAGGAGUUUGACUACAUGAAGGAUAUUGUAGUGCUGGAGACCAUGGAGGACAUUGAUAAAAAUGGAGAUGGUUUCAUCGACUUGGAUGAAUAUAUUGGUGAUAUGUACAGUCAGAAUGGAGACUCAACUGAACCAGAAUGGGUGAAAACGGAAAGAGAACAAUUUACAGAGUUCAGGGAUAAAAACAAAGAUGGUCGUAUGGAUAAAGAUGAGACCCGUGACUGGAUCUUACCCUCAGAUUAUGACCAUGCAGAGGCUGAGGCCAAACACCUUCUGUAUGAGUCUGAUGCAGAUAAGGAUGGACUCCUCACAAAGCAUGAAGUUGUGGAUAAGUAUGACCUAUUUGUCGGGAGCCAAGUAACAGAUUUUGGGGAAGCUCUGGUCCGACACGAUGAGUUUUAAUUUUGGAUACUUUACACUUGAGAAAUGCAAAAAGAACAAUAAUUUAUUUUAUGAUUUAAUGCAUACAACAUUAUAAAUCAUUACUGUGUUUACAAAACAUUUGUUUUUCUACGCCAACUCGAUCAAAUCCAAUUUUUUUUUUUUUUUUUUCAAUCAACAUGUCCUUCGUAGCUUAACACUCAUUGCCAUUGGAUCCUGAUGAGAUUUCAAAUGUGCUGAUGAAGUAAUAUUCAGGUCAGCUUGUGAAGCUUGUCAGUGAUGUGUAGAGGUUUGCCUAAUGGUUUAUAAUGCACUAAAAGCUCCCAUAUAAUGCAGCAUAAUGGCAUUUGUGUAACCCAACACAACAUAGAGCACUAGUUUCAAGUGGAGAUAUUGCAUAUAAUAUGAAUCUUUUUAUAUAUAUAUAUAUAUAAGAACAAACAAUACCAUAAUGUAAACUACUUCUCUAAAUAAUAUCAAAUGUCUUACAACCACUACUUGUACAUGUUAUCUUCAUUUAGCCAGAGGAUGUAUGAUAUUGAAAAUCAUGCAUAGUAAUAGAUCAUAGUUAGAAUGUUGCUUAAUUUCAUGGUCUUUGGAUCAAAAUAGACCUAAACCAGAGUUCUGGAUUGGUUUGUUUCUCGAGCCUGCAGGAACAUGGGAUGUCGUGGCUCGAUAGGCUGAUCUUUGAUCAGUUUUAUUGUUCUUUCAUACUCAAAGGACCAUAACUGCAAGGACGGAAACUAAUCAGGGGCUCUUUUAUGUAAACCCCUGCUUAAAGGACCAUUGAACUCCAUUCCACCAACUGUGACCUGUCAGUGAAAUCCUUUUGAAGUGUUAGUACUGUCAUUAAUGGACCGAACCUACAAACUAAAGCUGUUCUUUCCUCCAGUGCCUUUUUCCAUCUCCCUUAACCUUCAAACUGCUUCAAAGUCUUUUUUUUCUUACUCCUUUUUCCUCUGUGCAAUUCAUACAUGACUGAAAAUGACCUCCUCACUUAAUGUUAGCAUACAUUUUGUGUAUAUAUGUCUAUAAUUGAAUGUGAACAAUAUGCUGUGGUCAGGUAUUGUAAAUACUGUCUUAUAGCUGAGAGUGUUUUCUCAAUAAAAUUGAUUAAAACAAA